AUGUCUGGCCCAGAGGAGCCGCAUACGUCUGAAGCUGCUCCCCAGGUCAUUGGGUCGCCAACCCCUUCAGACAAGGACACGAGUCGCCAGAGGACGAAGAACGAAGAGAGCGAAGCCAAGCCAAAUGGAGUCGCAGUAGAAGAGAAAGACGAGGAAAAAAGAGGAAAAGGAAGAGGAAAGGAAAAAGAGGAGGAGGUAAAGGAUAACGUAAAAGAGAGUCUCAAAGAGAUUGAUCUUGGGGACGAGAAGGACGAAAAAGACGAGAAAGAUGACGAGGUUGCCAAAUCUUCACCUACAACCAGAUCCGCGCGCAACUCGAAUGCAUCCUUAGACAAUGUUGACCUUAGUGAUGGUGUUACAGAACAACCAAAGGAGGAACCCCCUAUUGUAGCAGCAAAACAACCAUCCAAAAAGCUUUCUCUCGGCAAUAUUGGAAUAACAAUGCCUUGGUCUCCAUCUCCUCCCGCUACAGAAUCACCGCCAAAAACAAGCCCGAAUCCUACUACCGCACCGGCUGCGGCUCCUGCACCACCAACUCGAAAAAUUACAGGCCCAUUUUCUUGGUUAUCACGGAAUUCUACGCAUAAGGAGAAGGACGCGGUCACGUCACCGCCCGUUACAGCGGCUGUAUCACGAAGGAACACAGCAAGUUCUAUCGCUACGUUAACUAGUAAUCCGGAAAUGAUGCUUAGCAAGCUCGACGAGGAAAACGAAGGCGAUGGAGGACCUCGCCUAUCGAGAAAUAGUUUGAAAGACCGGUUUAAAUAUGUACGAAUGCGGGAAGAGGCUGGUAUUUCCCUCAACCCUGAUGAUGAUGAUAAGGCGUCGACCUUGGGAGUUCUGAGCCCUACUGGCGAGAGCUAUCCGGAUGUGAAUUUUAACUUGCCUCCGCCGUCCCCUUUACCGCCGAACCCGGACACAAACCUAGCCCCUGGAACGGUCUCGGGCGUAUCUGCUGGCCCUUCUACCAUUGCGGACGCUCAGGUUGAUUGGGAUCUUUGGCAAUCCGUUGUUUACGAAGGCCCAGCUGCCGUCGCGAGAACAAACCCAGAGGAGCUCAACAAGGCGAUUGUUACGGGCAUCCCUAAUGUGAUCCGAGGAGUAGUAUGGCAAGUACUUGGCCAGAGUAAGAGCGAGGACCUUGAAAGGGUCUACAGAGAGUUGCUGGCUCGAGGUUCCGAAAAGAACAAGGACCGUAACAGCAACGCUACCUCUGUCAGUAUUUCGAGCAACGGCAAUUUGAGCUCCGAAAGAGACGCGGUAGCCUCUUCGGCGUCGUCUAUCCAGUCAGAAGUAUCUGGCGCCAGUGGUAAGAAGGCAUCACCACCAUCUUCUGAGCCGUCAGAAGCAGCUCUAAAGGCCCAAGCUUUAGCUGCAGCUGAGAGGAAACGCAAAGAAAAGGAAGACGCAGUAUCCCUUCAAAAACUAGAGAGGGCUAUUAAAAGGGAUAUCGGCGCCCGAACAAGCUUCUCAAAGUAUGCGGCGGCUGCUGGUCUGCAAGACGGCUUAUUCGGUGUCUGCAAGGCCUAUGCACUCUUCGACGAAGCUGUUGGGUAUGCUCAAGGAAUGAACUUCUUGAUUAUGCCCCUCCUUUUUAACAUGUCCGAGGACGAGGCGUUUGGUAUACUUGUCCGACUGAUGAACCAAUACAAGCUACGCGACCUAUUUAUUCAGGACAUGCCAGGUUUGCAUAUGCAUCUAUAUCAGUUCGAGAGGUUACUUGAGGAUUUCGAGCCUGCUCUUUAUUGCCAUUUGCACCGUCGUGGGAUAUCGCCCCAUUUGUACGCGACGCAAUGGUUCCUUACUCUUUUUGCCUAUAGGUUCCCUCUGCAGCUCGUACUAAGAAUCUAUGAUCUUAUCUUCUCCGAAGGCCUAUCUGCGAUUCUGAAGUUUGGUAUUGUUCUUAUGCAAAAGAAUUCAGCGGCGCUGCUCGACAUGACAGACAUGGGCCAAUUGACGAACUUCCUAAGGGACAAACUUUUCGACGUGUAUAUUGAUCAGUCCCCGAGCGCUGGCAGCAUCCUCGAGAAUGGCUUCUUCGGUAGCAGUUCUUCAAGUGCCGAUAAGGAGGUCUACCGGGCAGAUCAAUUAGUUCAGGACGCAUGUGAGGUGAAGAUUACACCUGAGAUGCUCAAGGCUUACACGGCCGAGUGGGAAGAAAAGACUAAAGCUGAGAAGGAGAAAGAGAAGGAACUUGCGGAUCUGAAGACUACGAACUUAAGCCAGGCCAUCAAGAUCCGGAAGCUCGAAGAGCGACUGGAGGCGAGCGAUCGUGAGCAGGCAACCGUGACAACGGACCUAGUUCAUACCAAGAUCGAAAACGAAGAGCUCAAAGAUCAGAAUGAGAGCUUGACCGGCCAAGUCAAGGAACUUCGCCACGUCAUUGAGCAGCAGCCUGCGGAGUUAGAAGGAGCCUGGAAGCUCGAACGUGAAGACCUAAUGAAGAGAAACGAGAAGGUGCACGAAGAGAACAGAAGACUCGAAAAGGAGCUCCAAGAGCUUGAAGAGGAACUGGUUCAGACUAAGAUGCGAUACGCUGAGAUCAACUCCCAGCACGAGACCCUGCAAAAGAGGUGGGCCGAACUCAAGCGGCAGUUCGCCUGA